CCGUAUCUUGAUCGAUGUCUAGACCUCACCCGCCAGUAUCAUAGUAAAAAAAGAUCUGUUGCGUCGAAGCCAUGGGACAUAUUACUAUAAAAUACAAGUACAUGAAAUAGGUGACAUUGCGAUGUUGGAGGCAGCCAUACAGUUUUAAUACAGGAUUGCGCUUAAUUAUUCAUAGAAGACUUUGGCUCCUAAAGCUGAUACUAUAUAUUGGAACAUUAUACUCUUUCAAGCCAUGUCUGAUUGCUGUUCUCCUCUUGAACACGGAUAAGCAUGAAGAAACAUGAGCUGUUGUGGUGGCCAAAACCGUGUGCGUCCUUUCAAUGAUGGAUCGGUUCAAGUUGAUGAUGAUUUUGAUGGGCCGUUAUCAGAUAGGAGCUGUCGUGAUAUUCCAUGUCUUGUUAUCUUCCUUGCAUUCCUCGGUGGUAUGGGAUACGUAACAUACCUGGCCCUUCGGGAUGGUAAUCCGGACAGGUUAAUAUACGGAGAUGAUAGCUAUGGUAAUGUCUGUGGCAAGAAGAACAAUCCGAUUGAGAAUGUUUCUCUAUCCGGGAUGGACAUGACCGAUAGACCUUAUGUAUUUUUCUUUGACGACAUCGCGAUGUCGAAACUCAAAACACGUUCCAAACGGCUUUGUGUUUCCCGAUGCAACAACGAGACGGUGUUCGAUCUCGAUGACCUGCACGACCUCGCCAUCAACAACAUCACCAAACUAUGUACGUACAAUGUGAAGGUCGAUGAUUACAUACACGCCACACAGGGGGGACUGAAAGAUUGUCCAUCAACGCCCAUCGCAGCAAGUAAGCCCAUCCUAUUUCGAUGCAUUCGCUCUGACGUCAUAGGAAUUGCCUCGUCUUUGCUACAAAACGACAUUAUUCAGAGCGCCCUCGCCGACAUCGAGAAGUCCUGGAAAGAGAUUGUAUACCUCUGUCUCAUCGCUUUUGGACUUUCCAUCGCGGUCGUCAUCCUCCUUCGUUUCCUUGCUGGCCCUAUCAUCUGGACCAUGGUGUUCGGGUCCAUCGUGGGUAGCAUGGGCGGAUCUGGCUACCUCUGGUACUCCUGGUAUAUAGCCAGAGCCGCACUUCAAGAAACACCCGCCGAAUUGCAACUUGAAAAGGAUAAACGGGACCUGAAGACCAUGAUGAUAUAUGCCAGCAUCGCUUCAGCUGUGGCUGUGAUUUUCUUGCUGAUUCUUCUGGUGAUGUUCAAGCGGAUCGCUCUGGUUGUGACCCUCUUCAAAGAAGCGGGAAAAGCGAUCGGGGCCAUGCCUUUACUUCUCAUGCAACCUCUAUGGACCAGCGUGUUCUUGUUGUCCUUCUGUGCUGGUUGGGUAUACGUCUAUCUCUUCAUCGCUACGGCUGGUCAGCCCCAGGCUACACCCGACGGUCUCGUUCAGUAUGUUAAAGAUUCUUUCUCGAAGUACAUGGGCUGGUACUUCAUCUUCGGCCUCCUUUGGGUGACUCAGUUCAUAUUGGCCUGUCAAGAAUGCACCAUAGCUGGCGCUGUUGCAGAAUGGUUUUUUGCUCGAGACAAGAGUUUGCUUAGAAUGCCCAUUCUCAAAUCCAUUGGCCGCAUUAUAAGAUACCAUCUUGGAUCCCUCGCCUUUGGUUCGAUACUCAUUGCGAUUAUCAUGUUUAUCCGCAUCAUCAUUGGUUACAUCCAGUCAAAGCUGAAAGGGGCUCAGUCAGCGGCUGCCCAAUACUGCCUGAAGUGCAUGCAGUGUAUCUUAUGGUUGUUCGAGAAAGUGCUGAGAUACAUCAACAGGAACGCUUACAUCGAAAUUGCUAUUUACGGAUAUAACUUCUGCAAGGCGGCGCAGAAGGCCUUUUCGCUGCUUGUCUCCAACGCUCUUCGAGUGGCCGCCAUCAACUCCGUGGGCGAUUUCCUUCUCCUUCUUGGCAAAGUCGCCGUCACUGCUUGUGUCGUGGUCAUAGGCCUCCAGCUACUACAGGAAAGGGAGGAUCUCAAUUCCUACGCCAUCCCGAUCGCACUGGCCGCCAUCUUCGCAUUCUUCAUCAGUCAUGUCUUCCUAUUAGUUUAUGAGAUGGCGAUUGACACCUUAUUCCUGUGUUUCUGUGAAGAUAGUGAGCGAAAUGACGGGAUCCGGAAACCUUACUACAUGAGCAAACAACUGAUGAGCUUUGUAGAGAAUGCCAAGAAAGCCCAGGCCGUCAGCAAUGCCGCCAAGGGCACUUUAGGAAGAGAAGGAAAGUAACGCGUUUCAAAAUCAUCAUCAUCCUUCUGAAGCAGACCACUUUCAUGCUAACAGCAUUAAUGAAAUGAUAAAAUUAAAUGAAAUUGUGUAUUAAAAUUUCUAUUACGAUAUUUUGAAUAUUCCAUUGUUCUUAUUUCUGCUCAUGAAACCAAAUAAAGAAGGAUAUAAGGACAUGUAAUUUGCUGAAAUUCUUGCCUCUUUUAUUAAAAACAAAUAUAAUUAAAAGUUAGUACUGUGCGAAGUAAAAGAACGAGUAUGACAUGUUAUUUUUUUACGAUUACAAAUAUUAGACGCAAAUACUAUUCUAAACAAGCUUAUAUACAUAUUCUUUAUAAAACUUAAGUAUUAUUUUGGGGGUUUUCUUCAAUAAAUUGAGCACUUCCGUCCAUGUUUCUUAGAGCGAAUUGAAUUGAAAUAUUUUUCGUACUUGCUGUUUGUGUGUGUUCAACCAAAUUAUUGUGCAUUCAAUUCGCUUUGUAAGGGCGAAUCGAACUGAUUCAUGCGAUGAAUUUAUAUUUUUACAUUUCUGUAUAAUGUACACGAGUUCAAUUUCCUUGUUUUCAUGGUCUAUAACACAGUUCUAAUUUCCUUAUAAGUACCUAAAAAUAAAUCAAACUACCCUUUUUACUUGCGCAUAAUAGAAGCGAAAAUUAGUGAAGAGUUUCCAUACAAAUUCCUUGGAAAAACACUUUUUAAAACGUCUUUAUAAAUUAUCAUUUUAAUAUUUCGAGGGCUCUCUCUCUUAAGAGUUGUCCCGACUGAUGAGGUAAUAAAACGUGGUCCGCGUGCACUCCAACCACCCAGGAAGUCGGGCCCCAGAAAUACAAUAUUUGAAAUAAAUUGUUAUUU